GCCAGCAACGUCGCCGAACGCGCAGGGCCAAGCCACUUCAUCGUAGCCAAAACUCCAGGGCCAAACCACUACAUCGUAGCCAAACCUCCAGGGCCAUACAACCACGCUGUUUCUACAAAAACACUGCUAUAUGGUCAUACUCAAGGAUCUAAACACGGGCAUAGGACAGCGAAAUUUCAUCAUCCUGCCCACCGGGGGGCUCACAGACCGGCCCUAAAACACUCGUCCCGGCCCCCGCACAGCCGCGCCAGACUAAUUUCCUUCCCCUUCUCGCGAAAGAUGAUCUGUAUGGUGAGGACCGUUUGCCUCAGGGAUGGAGACGAUGGCUUCAUAUACGACAGAGCCACGGAAUGGGGUAAGGACUUCCCAGCAGCGAAUGGCACGCGCCAGUCCCCCAUCGACUUCAUGUCAGGAGGAGCUCAGUACGACACAGCCCUUGCCAAAUCUCCACUGACCCUUAACUACUGUACUUCACGAGAGACAGACAUCCUUAACAACGGUCAGAACCUGAUCAUGUACCCAAAGAGUAAGGGAGCAGAGACGUCCGUCCGGUUUGACAUGGCUCAGCGGUCAACUAUUUCCGGUGGACCUCUCCCAUUUGGUCACGAGUUCGAACUCGCAGAGAUCCGGUUCCACUGGGGGUCCUCUAACAGUAGAGGAUCUGAACACCGCGUCAACGGGAAGGCCUUCCCAAUGGAGGUACAAUUUAUACACUGGAAUGCCAGUUUGUAUUCUAGCAUGGAGGAUGCAUGUGGCAAACCGGAUGGGACAGCUGCCGUGUGCUUGUUUGUCCAGAUUGGAAGAGAAAACGCCACCGUCAAAUCUCUCAUCAGUGAUUCUCUCUGUGACGUUAUAUUCAAGGGACGACAAAAAACAACAAACACCCCCUUUAAUCCCGUCUGUCUACUUCCGGACCCUGAUCUUCGAGACUACUGGUCCUACGAGGGAUCGCUCACCUUCCCUCCAUGUCACGAGAACACCACGUGGAUCAUGUUCCGGUACCCACUUCUGGUGUCUCCCGGGCAGAUAGAGGAGUUCCGUCGACUUUUGUGCUACAGUAAAGGGGAUUCCCCAGUAAAGGGAUCGACCGGACAUUUGGUGGACAACUUCCGCCCUGUACAGCCCCUAAACGGGAGAGUGGUUAGGGCCUCGUUCCCGGUAGAGAUAUUGUAUACCGUUACGCUUCAUGGAAAGGUCCCACGUGAUCGUCUUCAACCAGUCAACUUUGAGAUACAACACGACUGAAUGGACGUCUUCGACAACUCCACAUCAGCAUUAGAAAGUGUUUUUGGACAAACAAAUAAAUGGCUGUGAUGUAGGUUUAGUAAUUGUCCGUUAACUGCAGCCGGAACUAAGUUGUUGGUUGGCUUAUCAUAACUGUGCAUGCCAACAUUAUCGACGUCAUAGAGAGAUCGUAUACCAUUAUAUCAUCAGUGUGCCUGGUCCGUAUGGCGUUGCUUAUACAUAUAGUGGUUGUGAUGCCUUUUUUGAUGGAUUUUUAUAUGCUUUUUCAAAAAAGAAUUGAUGUCGGCAGGGCCAUUUUUGUUACAGAUAUUUUGAAAGUCAUGUCCUUUAGUAAGGGUGCUGAAGCUAGUACGGCCUUUCGAUUUGCGAUAUAAUGUUUUUACAGUAUUUCUUGGUCGAGUCUCACACCAAAAAUGAACGUAGCGGCGUUCACAUUGUUGUUUCUUAUAAAAAGCAUGCACAACGAAAGUAUUAGUAUAUGUAGUGUAUUUUACAUGUAUAUAUGCAAUGUAUGUAGUGUAUGUGAUGUUUGUAGUGACUGUGUUGAAUGUAAACGUAUUGUAUAUGUAAUUAUCCUAAAAAGACGACGUUUUGAAUAUAAACUUUAUAUUAUUUUACAACAAUUAUUAAAAACGUGUUAUUUCAAAUUAUAUCAUUCCCUCUUGUUGGCCCGGAUGUUGGCGCACACCGGGAAACAGAGUACCUGGAGAAACCCACGUGUUCGGGCAGAUGACUACAAACCUUUUCACGUUCAAUUGGGGCCGACUCUUGAAAGGCGUUCGGAGAUCGAUUCAGUAUCGAUUCAGUAUCAAGUUAUAGAAAUUGAGAUUAUCAAACGUGUGUUGUGAAUGGCAUGCAUUGCUUAAAUCGUGCAUAUUUUUUUUCAAAAAC